AUGGGUGACAGCAGUAUGAUUGAGGCUUAUGGGUCCAAUUGUAAUAAUGAUGAUCCGCAUUACUGGGAACAACGUAAGAGUGCAGGACAAGGAUCGAAAGUAAUGAUGACUAGGGAAGAUAAAAUUGUGUGCAUGCUAAUGACAGGCGCUUUGGCCUUCGUGAAUGGGUGGGGCACAGUAGGAAAACCUAGGCAAGGAAUUGCUGCAGAUGAAAAAAAGGCAGAAACUUUUAUAAAAUGCGCACUGGCAAAUAUGUACAUGUACAUAUUAGAGGAAACACGGUGUGAUGCAAAAUGGGGUAUAGAUUAUGCCUGGUAUGCAAUGAACAAAUUAGAGGGACUUCACCUAGAGAAUUUAAUUAAGGAACAGAAAUGUAAAAGGGGGGCAGAUGAAUAUGGGAAGAAAGCAGAUGCACGCAUCAGGGGCAGAAUUAAGAAUUUCCUAAAGUCUAAUGGGGGAAUGUUCGCAGGAAUACAAGGGGGAACAGUAAAAACAGAGUGUGAGACAAAACUGACAACUCAUAAGGAGGAGGAGGGGAAAGGGCACACAGAAAUACAGGUGAAGACGAAGGAUGCGAAGUACAAUGAAAACGGUAAACAACGAAAGGGCUCUUCCACCACAUCAAAACCAGCCACGGCGACCGGAAGCGACGGCCACGCUGCCAAACCAGUAGCGGUGAAACCGGCAUCACCACCCUCCCCGACGCCGGGGACGAGGACGACCAGACUCGGACCAGGAGACGAUUGUCAAGGAGACAAAGUAUGGGAAUGGAAGCACAGGGAAAUAUACGUGCAGCUUGAUUAUAGUGCUGAUCAAUGGAACAAGAUGAAGGACGUGUUGGAUGACUUUAUUAAAUAUUUGCAGGACAAGAAUGAUAACUUUGACGGGUACGGUGCCAACUGUAAUAAUGCAGGUUGGAAUGAUUUCACACAAGGGCAACACCAUACGGGCCAGACAGUGGCGGACAUGAUGAGAUGCAGGAUCAUGUCAGGAGCGCUGUGGUUUGCCAACGGUUGGGGGAUCGGUGACAAGAGUGGUAAAGACAAGACCGGGGAUGAGCAAAAAUUGUACGAACAGCUAAGGUGUGAAGUGGCCCAUGUUUUUGGGCACUUACUGAAAAAUAUGUACUGUAAAGAUAAGACACCAUGGCCAAGAGGUGUAGAAUAUGCUUAUACAGCAUUACAGAAGAUGGGGAGAGGUGAACACGGCAAGGACGGAUUACAGGGUCCCGUUGUGGAGGGAAGAUGCACCAUGUGUGGAUACAAAGGUUACACGCACCAUGUGCAAGCAGUAAAUUUGCGAAUAGCACAAUGGUUAAUGUGGGAAGGAGGACUAUUGGGAGAAAUACAAAAAUUGGAGCAGGAAAUGCCUUGUGAGCAGCAUUGGCAAAAGUAUAUUACCCAUGGGGCAAAGGCAGGGGAUUCUAUCGAAACAAUUUUGACCACACCAGGAAAGGAGGAAAAGAAAAAACUGGACACGGCGAUAGUGGAGACAGCACAGAAGGCCUUUGAGGGGGCGAAGGCCGCAGUAGAACGAGAACUUGAAAAACUGAAAGCACCGGAGACGGACAGGACGAGGCACCGGAUGAGGGAGAAGGGACAAGAUGACGGCAAGGACGGCAAGGACGGCAAAGUACCUGCCACACCAGUCGCGGCGAAGCAGGCAGAAGCGGGAUCGUGGUCUGGAACGAGGGUAACGGAGAAGACGAAAUACACUGAGAGUGGCGCAAGCAACACACCCAGUGCAGCAAGUGGUCGCGGAACAGUCACUAGGCACGAACGGGAUGCUGCGAUGGAUUUCUUAGUGAAAGUUCUAGUGAGUUAUAUAAAUCGUAGACGCAUAGGCGGGGAAGAUGGGGAGCAGAAUUAUUAUGAUAAAUUUUGGGCAGAUAUGAAGAAUGUGUACGCACAAUUUGUGAGACAUAUGGUGGAACAGGAUCAGGGAAUACCGUAUGGGGAACUGUGUGAAACGGCAGAGAGGGAUCAUAAUGAGGACCACAAGUUCACGGGUGACCGUGUGGUAUGCGAGUUUAUGUUGCGUGCGUUGUAUUUUAAGCAUGGGCUGCAUGUGCCUGGCGCAGGCAGGAGUGUGCAGGGGCCUGAACACCACGCCACAAAAGCGGAACCAUAUAUGACGUGCAUCAUAGUGAAUGUAUUUAUACAGCACAUAUUGGGGGAAGUGUGCCUGGAAACACGGGGAGCACAGUAUGCAGAAAAAGCUAUAUAUGAAUUAUUGAAGCCCGACUCUGGGUUCCAGGAGAAUGCUACGUGUGAUGGUGUAAACUUGAGAAACACAACAGUAGCCGGGGGUAAUUUAACGCAAAGAAUAACAGCAUGGAUAAAGAACGAAAAGAUAAAGUGGGGCGAUACAGCAUCUGCAGGAACAUUAGACAAUAAGUGUACAGCAUGGACGGGAGAGGCACAGGAUAAGACCGGAAAGAAAAACGAGGCCGUGGAAGAAGAAGAAAUAAAGCAGAGAGUGGAAGCAGCCAUAAGCACAGUAAAGCACACUAUACAGGAAAACGAGGACGACAUAAAAACGAAGGUAGUGCAAAGAAUCCAACAGACACUAUCCACACAGAAUAGCAGUGCACAAGCACCUCCUGCCGAUGCCGCGGACACACAAUCAAGGGAACCGACAGCCGCCGCAGCCAAACCGGCGGCGACGAAGCCGGCAACAACUAAACCGGUAGCACAACCAGACGGGGCAAAGAAAGAAGAGAAGACAUCGUCACCAUCACCAUCACCAGGGUUAGAACCAGUAGGAAGGGCAGAUCCAUCGGCAGCAGAGAAUGGGGGGUCGCAACCUCAGGCACCUGAAUCUCCAGUAUUACCAGCACGACCACCACCACCACCUCCCCCUCCAUCAAGGACACCAUCAACAGAGAACAAUGGAAAGACCCAGGAUAAGAGUGAUCAUAAGGCUACAGGAAGCUCAGGAGCUGCAGGAGUAGGAACAAGCGUAUCCACCACAACGGACCCCGAACUAGGUACUGUUACAAUAACUACAAAGAUUACUACUAUACCCUAUAAUCCUACAACAGGUGUCAACCCAGCCGACCUGGAAAAAAUGGCUGAUGAACAGGAGAAGGGGAAAAUGAGAACACAGAAACCAGAUAGUGUGUCCACGGGGGAUCCACAGCGUACGACAGUUAAUGUCCAGGUGGAACCACCAGUAACACCCGUACCGGAGUUAAAAUCACCCGUACCAUCGGCACAGGAGGAAACUAAGGAACCAUCCGUAUCAACAGCAGUACAAGGGGAAGCUACAACAGCAAACUCUGGACAACCAAAAUCUAAUGAAGAAGGAAACACACCACAGGUACCUGUGCCAGGAUCCGGCGGCGGCCUGGGUGGCGCACCGCCCUCAGGAGGUGGUGCAACUGGCGCAGCACCCUCCAGUCCAGGUUCCACUGGUCACCACACCCCUGGUUCCUCCGGAUCCGCAUCUCCAUCUACCCCGCACACUCCUCAGAUUCCUUCCACUGCCCAGAAUGAUCAGCCUGCACAGAACAAACCAGGAGAAGGCGCAGUAGCUGCUGCCGUACUCACCUGGCAGGACCUUAUCCCGUACACCCCUGCGAUCAUUCCCGCGGUGGUUGGUAUUGGAAUCAUUGCGUUUUUCCUAUGGAAGUAUUUUGCGCACCUCGCCCCACGACGACGAACAUAUCGAACCGUUCGUGACGUGCCGUCACCGCCACUCGACGAAGAAAUAUUGCAACAUCUACAACGCGGCGCAGCGCCACCCGAUUACGGGUACACGAUGGUUAAGGUCACGCAACCUGCGUCAAUAUCCGGUAGAGCACGCCCCCCGCGCGUGAAUCGCCGCACAAUCAUCGAGCUACAUCUAGAAGUGCUCAACGAAUGUGAAGCAACCGAAUGGGAAAACGUCAAAGACGACUAUUUGCACACACUCGUUGAACAGGUUAUGGGGGCUAACAACGGACAUAGUAGUUACCCGGCGUCUUCUUCGAACGAGGAAUCGACAACCCACCAUUCGACAAGCCACACCCGCCUAACGCGGGAUCCCACCGAAACGGAUUCAUGUCCACCAAACGAAGACGACCCCGAUCCACCCACUGAUUCCGACGAACCUGAUGCAUGGAGUUGUAUGGACCCUAUACAGUUACCAACGGACCCUUGUCAACCUCAUGACCCCGAUGUAUGGAGUUGUAUGGAAACCAUACAGGUAGCAACGGACCCAUGUCCACCUAACGCAGAGGACUCCGAUCCAUGGAAGUGUAUGGAAACCAUACAGUUAGCAACGGACCCUUCUGCUUCUAACGAAGAGGACCCCGAUCCAUGGAGUUGUAUGGAAACCAUGCAGUUCGCAACGGACACUUCUCCACCGAAUGAAGACGACCCAUGGAGUUGUAUAGAAACGAUAGAGUUAGAAGAAGAGGGGACGCCUGCUCUCUUUCCAUAUUCUUCCCCGGGGAAUGAAAGCCCGAUCCCCUACCACAGUAAUUGGAUUAACUGGAUUGACCGCAACAAACGCAUAUUGCGGGCGUGCACGACGCAGCCGUGGUUUUUGCAAUUGAAAUCGGAUUGGAAACAAUACCUGCGUGAGCACAUUGCGGCAAACGAAGACAACGGAGUAUACGGGCAGCGUGCACUCGGUCAGCACGCCAACAUCCCAUCCGUAGAGAUUAAGAAAGAUGCCUGGAAACAGUGGGUCGUGAAGCAACAUAACGACAUGGCAAAGUACAUCGAAAAAGAUUGGUUUAGGCCUUUGUUGAAUAGUGUAGAGGAGGAGACAGAAUCGCACAAAGGCGAAGUACCUGGAGUACAAAAACACUUAGAAGUGGACAAAGUAAUGGCCGCAGAAGAUGUGCUCAGACUGCGACAUGUACCACGCACGCAACUGCAUAAGCAACCUUACAUGAACAAGCCGUUAACCGCUAAAAUAUGGAUACUGAUCCUGGCAUUAGUCAUAGAACAGUGCAAGCUCGAGAGCCGUCUGCAGGAGACGGAGUUAUAUGUGGAUGCACUACUGGACAAGCUCUGA